CUUGGAGGCAGACACCCCGUGCCUUCUUCUUAUGGGACCUUAGAGUUUGUGCCCCCCAAGUCCUACCUGGAGGAGACCCCCACCAUGAGCUGGACCCUAUUUGCCCCUCCCUUUGUUGCCCCUCCCUCCCUGGGGAGGCUUUUUUCAACCCAUCCCUGGGGAGGCAGCCAGCCAGCCAGCCAGCCAGAGAGGACGCAUCGCCAGCCAAAGCAAGAGCCGCCUGCGUUAACAGCUGCUUGCACUUUGCUGACACGAGCGAUUCGUAGUUGAACACACCACGUCCUUGAGCCGGGAAUGAGAGCGAGAGAGAAGAAGGAAAGAACAGGCUUCUCGUCGCCUGCAAAAGACACACACCGAAGCAGAGAGUCCGGAGUCUCUUGAACGGCGAGCAGCUGGGAAAGAGCACCAGAGCAUCUCUUUCUCUCACUUGGUCCUUCUUCUUCUUCUUCUCUGGAUUGAGCCUGGAGAAGAUGCUGAAUGGAGAUGAUGGAGGGAGGAGAGGAGGAAAAGGAGGAUGACCUCCCUCCAAUCGCCUCUCCAUUCCGGAGAUUUUGAAGAACCCGGAAUGAACCCCAAAAGAAAGUCGGAGAGGCGGAAUACUUGAGAGCGUCUCGGCACUACAAAGUAAGAAUUUGGCACUCUUGACUGGUGAGGAACCUGGGCAAACUGGAACCGGACUCUGCCCAUCCUUGUUGUGGGGUCUCCAAGAUGCACCCCGGGAAUAUGGAGGUGGUGGGACCUUCGUCGCUCCCCAUCCCGUCUGCGGGAGGUGUUUCUGGGGUCUCCAAGAUGCACCCCGGGAAUGUGGAAAUCGUGGGAUCUUCGUCACUAGCCAUCCAGUCACAGGAGAGGACUUCCACCACAACCACCGUCCAGUCCAGGAUGGAGAACUUCCGCAAAGUCAAGACCUCCGAGGAGGAGAGCCCUCUCCCCUUCUCUGGCUUGCCCCCGAACGUGGUGGAAAUGAAGGUGAAGGAAGGCAGCAAAAUCCGCAACCUGAUGGGCUUCGCCAUGGGCAGGAUGGCGCUGGGCGAGACGCGGCAGAUCGUCUUCAGCGGCUGCGGCCGGGCGGUCACCAAGACCAUCACCUGUGUGGAGAUCAUGAAGCGCAAGCUCGGCGGCCUCCACCAACUCACCAAGGUGCGAUACAAGACCCUGAAGGAGGUCUGGGAGGACAAGGACCCACGGCAGGAGGGACAAGUGGAGCACCUCACCGUCCACAAGAACGUGCCCUCCAUCUGCAUCUUGCUCUCCAAAGAUCCUCUAGAUCCCAACCAGAUGGGUUACCAACCUCCUGAACCUCCAGAAACAUUGUGGAUCGAUGAGGGUAGCAGCCGUGAAGAUGGAUCUGGAGCAACAUCAACAAAAGGCAUCAAGAGAAGUUUCUCCAUGACCCAUGGAGAGGACCAUCAGGGCACCAAGCGAGGACCAGGGGAACAUCGAGAAGAUCCAGGACAACUUGGGGACCAAGGUGGGUUAUGGACAUGGACAGUGCCUUCUUCUUGACCCACACUAUUCUGAGGAACCCCAAGCCAUAGGUUGCAUCUCCAGAAGUGACUACAUUAUAAGUACAGGUAUAUACUGAUAUUCAGAAGGAAAUCUAGAUUUGUAGCUGAUUUGCAAUCCACUAAAAGGGACCAGGUUCAGCUCAUCCCUGCUUUUGUUGUGAACUUGGUUUGAGAGACACUUCGUCUAUUCCUGGUUUCCUCAUCUAUUACCUGGUGGGACAAAGGGCAUCAAGGGAAGGUUCUCCAUGACCCAGGAGAACAUUGAGAAGAUCCAGGAGAACUUGGGGACCAAGGUGGGCUAUGGACAUGGACAAUGUCUUCGUCCUGACCCACACUGUUCUGAGGAACCCCAAGCCAUAGGUUGCAUCUCCAGAAGUGACUACAUUAUAAGUACAGGUAUAUACUGAGAUUCAGAAGCUACUCUAGAUUUGUAGAUGCUUGGGACCGGACUCAGCUCAUUCCUGCUUUUGUUGAAAACUUGGUUUGAGAGAUACUUCAUCUAUUCCUGGUUUCCUCAUCUAUUACCUGGUGGGACAAAGGGCAUCAAGAGAAGGUUCUUCAUGACUCAUGGAGAGGACCAUCAGGGCACCAAGCGAGGACCAGGGGAACAUCAAGAAAAUCCAGGAGAACUUGGAAACCAAGGUGGGUUAUGGACAUGGACAAUGUCUUUGUCCUGACCCACACUUUUCUGAGGAACCCCAAGCCAUAGGUUGCAUCUCCAGAAGUGACUACAUUAUAAGUACAGGUAUAUACUGAUAUUCAGAACGUACUCUAGAUUUGUAGAUGCUUUGGCACCAGACUCAGCUCAUUCCUGCUUUUGUUGUGAACUUGGUUUGGAGGAGACUUCAUCUAUUCCUGGUUUCUUCAUCUAUUACCUGGUGGGUGGUUUUGGAAACAAAGCCCAACUGAGGGUUCAUCUAUGUUGUAGAAUUGAUGCAGUUUGAUACCACUUUAACCGCCAUGGCUCAGUGCUACUGAAUGCUGGGAUUUGUAGUUUGGCGAGGGGAAAGGCUGGGUGGCAAAAAAACAAGGGAAUGCAAUACUUCUAGAAAAGGUUCCGCUGGCAAGUGUAUAUCUGUGUUUGUGUGUGUGUUACACAAACCAGGCAGUUCUGUAAUUCUUUCAGAGACUUGCAAUGCGAUUGCUCUUAUCAGACACUUCAGGGCAGCCAAAGCUGUUUGCAGUGGGUUCAUUCCUUAUCGAUUCGGAGCGGGAUCACUUUCGCCAAAGGAUGCUUCCACUCAUUCGAAUCACAGUCUGUUCGCUCCACUUUAUUUUUCUUCUGCUCUUACUUGCCAGCAACAUAUUUCAGCGCCACAAUCAAUGAAGUCUCAUUGCAGCUUG